AUGUUGAUGAGUGCUGACUGCAACAGAGACGAGAUGCUACUACAGUAUUACAUAAAACCUGAUAGAAGCAUCAUAGAAAGAAAACGGCAGAUUCUCCAAAUUCACAAUAUUGAAGUCCAGGGAAUAGAGCUCGAAUUCCACUAUUAUAUCAAAUGCAGCUCACAAGUGUCUUCAACAGCAAAGGAAAAUUUGCAUUGGAUCCUUCAGGAGUUGGAAUGCUCAGAAGUAACUGCAUGCCUUGGUACUAGCUCCACACUUGGUGCAGAUGAUGGAGAUGUUUUUGAGAUUGGACCAAGGUUGAAUUUCUCUACUCCCUUCUCUACAAAUGUGAUCUCUAUCUGCAAGGCAAUUGGAUUGACAUCCAUCUCUCGUGUCGAAAGAUUCCUUUGCUAUAGUCUGUCCUUCAAUAGAGGCUCUGCUAAGAAACUAUUGGAAAAGGUAGGCAUACCAGACCCAAGUAAGUCUGCCACUCUUUACAUUCAAAUUAAUUCUUUUCAUGGUAAUGCAAAGGAGAUCCUACAUGAUCGGAUGACUGAGUGUGUUUAUGAGAAAUCAUUGUCAUCUCUGAAUCUCCCACAUGAAAAGGAACCUUGGUAUGAAGUUCCUGUGCUUGAAAAGGGAAAAGCUGCACUGGAAGAAAUUGGAGGUAAAUUGGGUCUUGCAUUUGAUUCUUGGGAUUUGGAGCAUUACACAAGGCUCUUCACUGAGAAGCUCCAGAGAAACCCAACUUCUGUGGAAUGCUUUGACUUGGCCCAAUCAAACAGCGAACACAGUCGUCAUUGGUUCUUUAAGGGACAACUGAUCAUCGAUGGGCAUGAGGCCCCAGCUUCCCUGCUUGAGAUGAUCAUUGCCACACAAGAAUCUACCAGCCCCAACAAUGUUGUAAAAUUCUCAGAUAAUAGUAGGCAAGUAAAAUCUCUACUACUUUCAAGUGCAAUAGAAGGAUAUGCUGUCAAGAAACUACUGCCUGAAAGUCCAGCUGCUGCAAGUCCUUAUAAACUGGUUGAAGGAAGAAGGCACAUCAUAUUCACUGCUGAGACUCAUAAUUUCCCCACAGGAGUCAGUCCUUUCAGUGGAGCCGCAACAGGAACAGGAGGAAGAAUAAGAGAUGUUCAAGCAAUUGGGAGGGGUGGUCAUGUCAUUGCUGGCACUGCUGGCUAUUGCUUUGGGAAUCUUCAUAUACCUGGUUACCCUCUUGAUUGGGAAGAUUCAAAUUGGGAAUAUCCCCCAAACUUUGCAUCCCCACUUGAUGUGGCCAUUCAAGCUAGUAAUGGAGCUUCAGAUUAUGGAAACAAAUUUGGGGAGCCAGUUAUUGCUGGAUUUACCCGCUCAUUUGGGAUGAUCCUCCCAGAUUCACAACGGCGGGAAUGGAUCAAACCCAUCAUGUUUAGUGGAGGCAUUGGGAGUGUUGAUGCUGAAUUUGUCUUCAAAGUUCCACCAUCCAAAGGCAUGGCUGUAGUGAAGCUUGGGGGCCCUGUGUACAGAAUUGGUGUUGGUGGAGGCUCAGCCAGCUCGAUUCAGGUCCAAGGAGAGAAUGCAGCUGAGCUUGAUUAUGGCGCUGUACAACGUGGAGACCCUGAGAUGGAACAGAAACUUAAUCGUGUCAUUCGAGCAUGUCUUGAGCUCCCUCAGAACCCCAUUCUCAGCAUUCAUGAUCAAGGUGCUGGAGGAAAUGGAAAUGUGCUGAAGGAGAUCAGCGACCCAGCUGGAGCACUACUGAACGCUGACAGAUUCACACUUGGAGACUCUAGCAUUUCAAUACUAGAGCUGUGGGGUGCAGAGUAUCAGGAGAGCAAUGCCAUCCUCUGUCAUGAAGGGGAUCUUGCAUUGCUUCAAGACAUCUGUAUACGUGAGCAGUGUCCUCUGGACCAUGUUGGAGGUAUCACUGGAGAUGGAAAGGUGUUCAACCUGGAUUCUCGUCCAACUUUGCUGGGACCCCUGAGUCUCCCUAUGCAGCUAAAGACCUUGGAGGCAUUGGGCUUAGUCUUACGUCUUCCAUCAGUGUGCAGCAAGCGAUUUCUCACCAACAAAGUGGAUCGUUCAGUGACUGGCCUGGUUGCACAACAGCAAUGCACUGGACCAUUCCACAUUCCACUGGCUGAUAUGGGUGUCAUCGCUCUCUCUUACUCUGACCUGAAAGGAGCAGCCACUGCCAUAGGAGAGCAGCCUAUAAAGUGCCUUGUGGAUCCAGAAGCUGGAGCUAGAAUGUCCCUGGGAGAGGCCCUGAGUAAUCUUGUUUUUGCUCCCAUCACUUCUCUUCAGGAUGUAAAAUGCAGUGGGAACUGGAUGUGGGCAGCAAAACUAGAAGGUGAAGGAGCUAACAUGUAUCAAGCUUGUAGAGCAUUGUGUGGGCUAAUGGCAGAACUGGGUGUUGCCAUAGAUGGUGGGAAGGAUUCCCUAAGCAUGGCAGCACGUGUGAAUGACUCUGUUGUCAAAGCCCCUGGUUCAAUAGUAGUCUCAGCUUAUGCACCUUGCCCUCACAUCGACCAUGUCAUCACUCCAGAUCUCAAAAGCCCCAUUCAGGGCCAAACAGGGCAUCUCAUUUUAGUAAGGCCUCAGAAGGAUGAGAUGAAUUGUAGAUUGGGUGGCUCUGCCCUGGCUCAGUGCUUCAAACAGGUUGGUGAUGCCAUCCCUGAUGUUGACUGUCCUGCUGCCCUCAGACAGGCCUUUUCUGUCACACAGAAGUUGAUCAAAGAGGGAUUGAUACUCUCAGGUCAUGAUGUGAGUGAUGGAGGGCUCAUCACCUGCCUCCUUGAAAUGGCCUUUGCUGGAUACUCUGGCUUUGCAGUUGACAUUCCUUGCUUCUCCAAUUCCACAAUAGAUGUCCUUUUCUCAGAAGAACUUUCUUGGGUGUUGGAGGUUUCUUCACAGGAUGAAGAACAAGUUCUUGAACAAUUCCAAAGGGCUAAUGUGCCGGUGUUCCCUAUUGGCAAGACAAUGGAUUUUGGAAAGAACUCACAUGUGAAGGUGACAGUGGAUUCAGAAUUAGUCUUGGAUGUUCCCAUGGUGGAACUGUUGAAAAUCUGGGAAGAGACCAGCUAUCAACUUGAAAGGCUGCAAUGCAAUCCCCUCUGUGCCGAUGCAGAAUACCAAUCCCAUGCUGAACGGGAGCUGCCUGCUUAUAAUCUUACCUUCACUGCUUGCCACAUUUCUCCUGGUGCUAGGGUCCCUAAGGUGGCUGUGAUCAGAGAACAAGGCAGCAAUGGUGACAGGGAGCUUAGUAUGGCUUUUCUCAUGGAAGGAUUUGAAGUUUGGGACGUGACAACCUUUGACCUGAUUGAAGGUCAUGUGACCCUUGACCAUUUCCAUGGUCUUGCAUUCCCUGGAGGAUUCAGCUAUGCAGAUGUGCUUGGGUCAGCCAAGGGUUGGGCAGCAUCCCUGAUGCUUCACAGCAAUGUCAAGGCCCAGCUGGACCAGUUUUUCUGCCAAGAAGAUAAAUUCAGCUUGGGGAUUUGCAAUGGAUGCCAACUCAUGGCUAUGCUGGGCUGGCUCAGUUCAUCUCCUCAAGGUGGAAGGGAGGGACCAGAGGUACUAUUGAAGGAGAAUGUGUCUGGAAGAUUUGAGUCUCGAUUUGUAUCUGUACGAAUUGAGAAGAGUCCCUCUGUUCUCCUUCAGGGCAUGGAGGGUAGCAUUUUGGGUGUCUGGGUUGCUCAUGGAGAAGGACGGUUCACAUUCAGAGACCCUUUGGGAAAAGGCAAAUUGGGUAAGUGCAUUGCACUUCGGUACACUGAUGACUCAGGGAGGCCAACUGAGUGCUACCCAAUGAAUCCCAAUGGCAGUCCAGGUACCCUAAGAUUCUCUCAUUCAAAACCAAGGAAGACAAUAUUUAAUAAACCUUUGCCCUUUGAUGUAGGUGGAGUGGGAGGAAUGUGUAGUCCAUGUGGGAGGCAUCUGGCCCUCAUGCCACAUCCUGAGAGGUGCAUCCAGUUUUGGCAAUGGCCUUGGAUCCCACCAACAUGGGACACAGCUGCUCCUUCACCAUGGAGACGGCUUUUUCAGAAUGCCUUCAUUUGGUCUUCCAAGCACCUCCAAGACUUUCCUUAA